AACCAAUCCUACCUCUUAUCAAGUACAGUAAGCAAGCACCUAAACAAACUUAAGGCCAAUAAUUUUUAAUGAUGCAAAAUGAUAGUUAACAAUAAAUAAUUGAGUUUUUGUUGCAUCAGUGAUCACUGAUCAGUGAGUUUAAUAAAAAAAUGCCAAAAUGGCUUAUGAAUGUUGUGUUGCUUACACUUUUUUACUCUUCUCUUUUUCAUGUUCAAACUUGCCAUGAAAUUGAAGAAGAUAUCACAAGAUCUCAAUUCCCAAAUGGUUUCCUCUUUGGAACAAGCACUUCCUCUUACCAGAUUGAAGGAGCAGCAUUUGAAGAUGGUAAAGGUUUAAGCAAUUGGGAUGUAUUUAGUCACACACCAGGGAUGAUAAACAAUGAUGAGAAUGGUGAUGUAGCAAUUGAUCAUUAUCAUCGUUAUUUGGAAGACAUUAAAUUGAUGUCAUCUCUUGGGGUAAAUGUAUAUAGAUUUUCAAUUUCAUGGACUAGGAUUCUACCUAAUGGAUUAUAUGGAGACAUAAAUCCAAUUGGGAUUAUGUUCUACAACAAUCUUAUUGAUAAUUUGCUACUUAGAGGAAUUGAGCCAUUUGUGACAAUUCAUCAUCACGACUUGCCACAUGAGCUGGAAGAAAGAUAUGGUGGUUGGCUCAGUCCCCUAAUUCAGAGAGAUUUUGUCCAUUUUGCUGAAAUUUGUUUUAAGAGUUUUGGAGAUAGGGUUAAGUACUGGGCUACCAUCAAUGAGCCAACCUUGGUUACAGACCUUGCUUUCAUAAGGGGAACAUUCCCUCCUAGUCACUGUUCCCCUCCUUUUGGAAACUGUUAUACCGGUAACUCUGAUGUUGAGCCUCUCCUUGUUAUGCACAAUAUGUUGCUGUCUCAUGCAAAGGCUGUUGAAUUAUACCGCCAGCACUAUCAGGAAAAUCAAGGUGGAACCAUUGGUAUUGUUGCACAUACCUUCAUGUAUGAACCUCUCAGAGAUGAAGAAUGUGAUAGACAGGCUGUAAAUAGGGCUUUGGCUUUUGUCGUAGACUGGUUACUGGAACCCCUAGUUUUUGGCGAGUACCCUGCUGAGAUGCGCUCUAUUCUUGGGAACCAGUUGCCAAGGUUUUCUCCUAAGGAGAAAAGUCUCCUAAGAGGAAGCUUGGACUUCAUUGGAAUCAAUAACUAUGGAGCUCUCUAUGCCAAGGAUUGCUUUCUCUCUAUCUGUUCUCUCAAUUCUUCUCGACCAAUAAGAGGCUUUGUGGAAACAACUGGAAUGAGAGAUGGCAUUCCAAUUGGUGAUCAGACAGGAAUGUCAAGAUUCUUUGUGGUUCCAAAGAGCUUGGAGAAGGUUGUAGACUACAUAAAGAUUAAAUACCAUAACAUGCCCAUGUAUAUUACAGAAAAUGGAUAUUCUUCACCACUCAAUCAAACUAUGACAAUUAAUGAUAUAUUACACGAUUACAAACGGAUAGAGUAUCAUAAAGCUUACCUUGCAGCAUUGCUUCGAGCGAUAAGAAAAGGUGCAAAUGUAAGAGGAUAUAUGAUAUGGUCAUUGUUCGACAACUUUGAAUGGAAUGGCGGAUAUAAUAUAAGAUUUGGACUUUAUCAUGUGGAUAUGAACACACUUGAAAGAAUUCCCAAACUUUCUGUUCCAUGGUUUUCUAAUUUCCUCAACAGGACUAAUGAUAGCAACAUAAAAGACUUGAGCAAGAAGAAUAGAAGCAAUUAUGUGACAACAGCUGUUGUCUAAGUUAUUUGAAAUUGAUCAUGUAAUUCUAUAUCAAUAUAUUGAUGAUGGAUAACAUCAUACUAUUUAUUAUUUGGGGAUUUUAUGUGAAGCUAUAAUUUCCAGCUUAAUGAAAUCAGUGUCAAAUUAUAUAUCCACUUCAUAAAUAGAAUCUUGGUCAACUAAUGUUUAUACUUUUUUUUGGCAUGUGUUAAUAUGAGACUCCAAGUGUUUAGUUGUUUGUUUGUUUAUGCUUUUGGAAUGGUGCAAUUUUGAAUGUAAAAUAGCAGUUGGAGUAGUAUCCAUGGAAAAAAUUAAUACAUGCCAUAUGGUAGUAAGCAAAGUUGUUG